GAUGCGCGCAUCCUUACAACCAGCAAGCCACGCCUCUGCACCCGGGGCACCCGCCUUCACCUCCGCCCCCAGCCGCAGCACCCCCAGCCCCCGCUGCCGCUGCGGGUGGUGCCCGGCGACCCAUCCAUCACCACCACCAUCCGCACAUCCCUCCUAAUGGAGCGCUUGGGGGGCUGUACGGCCCGGGGCUGUUCCGCCAUGAAUCCUACCCGCCCCCCUUUGAUACCGCUCGGCUGGAGCUGGCACGUGGGGCGGCUCAUGGCCCGCCGGAGGCUCGGUUUGAGGAUCUGAGAUUUGUGCAGCAGAUCGGAGAGGGAGGAUUUGGGAGGGUCUACUACGGCUACUGGCAGGGUCACCGUGUGGCUAUCAAGCUGGCACACCCGCCCCCUGCCGCCGCAUCCCCGCCUGCAGUGGCGGCAGCAGCACCUGCCGCGGGGGGUGGCGCUGUGGGUCCAGGGGAAGCAGCCGCCGGCGGGGCUCAGGCGGGAGCUGGGGACGCCGGCGGACGUGGCGGAGUUGCAGCAGCAGCUGGCGGCGGUGCGGGAGGCGGGGGCACUGGUGGGGGUGGGGGUGCGGUGGGAGGAGCAGGGGGCGGGGAGCAGAUGGAGCAGCUGGUGCGGGAGUUCAGUCGCGAGGUCGCCGCUAUGAGUGCCCUGCCGCCGCAUAAGAACGUGCUCACGCUGCUGGCCGCCUGCACCCAGCCGCCGCAGCUCGCCCUCAUCACGGACUACUGCGCAGCGGGCUCCCUAUACCAGCUGCUGCAUGGGCCGCGACCCGGCGGGUCGGCGCCACCCGCGUGGCCGCAGCUGCUGGGCAUCUGCCUGGGGGUGGCGCAGGGCAUGGCGUGGCUGCACCGCCACGCGGUGCUGCAUCGAGACCUGAAGAGCGCCAACAUAUUGUUGGAUAACAGCGGCAAUGCGAAGAUUGCGGACUUUGGGCUGGCCAAGAUAGCGAGCGGGCAGCACCGGCAGGUGAUGACGGGCGGUCUGGGCACCUACCAGUGGGCGGCCCCCGAGGUGCUGGCGCACCAGCGGUACAGCGAGAAGGCGGAUGUGUACAGUUUCGGUAUCGUGCUGUGGGAGUGCCUCACGCGGCGCUUACCCUACGCGGGCAUGACUCCCGUCCAAGCCGCCGUGGGGGUGGUCAACAACGGCCUGCGCCCUGAGCUCCCGCGCGGCACGCCGCCCGCCGUGGCCGACCUCAUCCGCUCCUGCUGGGCCGCGGUGCCCGAGCAGCGCCCCUCCUUCACGCAGAUCGAGGUGCAGGUGGGGGUCAUACUGCAGCAGGCGAGAGCAGCGGUAGCUGGGGGCGGUGGAGGUGGAGGGGGUGAGGGGGUGGGUGGUGCUGAAGGGGGGCUGGCGGGCAGGAUGGGGAGCUUGUGGCCGGCUGGACCGGCUGGAGCGAGAUGAGGGAGUAACGGCUGGAGAGAGGGAAGGAGGGAGGCAGCGGAGGAGGCGUGCAUGCGCGCAGGUGCUGUGCGGAGGGACUGUGCAAGGAGUGCAUGGAGGAGGGACGUAAGGAGGAUGGGUAGGGGGUUGCAAGGUUUGAGGCUGGGCGGUUAGCUGGGUGGUGCCAGGACGUGGGGGACCCGGGGCAGUGCUCGUACAACCGCUUCCUUGGUUCAAAGGGGUAUUGACAGGGCACGCUGCGGGCGCAUGUUCCUUGCUUGGGAUGGUGGAGGCCAUUCGACCAUGUAGCUUCACUCGCGGGGUCAUGGAGUGGGCAUGCUGUAGGGGUGUCGCUGAGGAAGCGGACCCGGGUUCCUUGCCUCGUGCAGUCGGUUUUGUAGUCCUCGUCCUGUUGGCUGGAUGGGCAAAGAGGAGUUAAGGAAGGAGAGCUAGGGUUGUGGCUUAGCGUGCCUUGGGGUUUCGUUUUGAGUUUAACUGGAGGUUUCGAUGGUUGAUUUUCCUUAGCUAAACAACACAUGUGGAUGGGCCUUAUGGUCAAAAAGUGAACAGGGAAACGUUUUUGGCCACGACCGGCCGUGGCGGC